CUUGACAACUUGCAAGCUUUCUCUCUCUUCUCCUACCAAUUCUCUCUAUCUCUCUCUCUCACGGGGGAAGUAUAGCCAACGCACAGAGGAAGACGGUGGGUGUGACUGCGAAUUCAUGGAUUCGCUGCUUGCGAUUUGUAAAGGUUUGGGAUUUAGGUUCUGAUAUGGUGGGGUGGAUGGUUUCUUAUUGCUGAACAGCUAUGGCAGCGGAUUCGUCUCUCGAGGGUUUCACACUUGAUCCUGCUAAAUGCAGUAAGUUGAGUAUGGAGGAAAAAAGAGAACUUGUAUACGAAAUAUCUAAGUGGCCAAAUGAUGCAUUGGAAAUGCUACAGUCGUGGAGCCGUCAAGAGAUCUUACAAAUCCUUUGUGCUGAGAUGGGGAAAGAGAGGAAGUAUACUGGAUUAACAAAGGUGAAAAUUAUAGAAAACCUUCUGAAAAUUGUUUCUGAAAAGAAAUCUGGAGGCCAGGAAAUUGCAACAGACCUUGAACCACAUUCUUCUACUUCACAUGGUCAGAAACCUGCUAAAAGGCAAAGGAAAAAUGAGAAUCCGUCUCGAUUACCUGUUCCAGUAAAUGACGUUUCUGUCAACAAUGGAGUUGGAGAUGUAACUAGUAUUUCGUACUGCAAAAACACAGCUUGCAAAGCCGCCUUAAGUGAAGCAGAUGUGUUUUGUAAAAGAUGCUCAUGCUGCAUUUGUCAUAAAUAUGAUGACAACAAAGAUCCUAGCCUUUGGUUAAUAUGUGGCUCUGAGCCUCCAUUUCUUGGUGUUUCUUGUGGCUUGUCAUGUCAUCUUGAGUGUGCUUUAAAGCAUGAUAAUUCUGGCAUUGCCAAAGAUGGAAAACGUCCCAAGCUUGAUGGAAGCUUCUACUGCAUCUCAUGUGGGAAAGUGAAUGAUUUGCUCGGAUGCUGGAGAAAGCAACUGAUGGUGGCAAAGGAUACUAGACGUGUUGACAUACUAUGCUACCGUGUUUCCUUGAGCCAAAGAAUUUUACAAGGGACUGAAAAGUAUAAAAAACUUUAUGAAAUUGUUAACGAGGCGGUGAGGAAACUUGAACCUGAAUUAGGCCCAUUAACUAGUUCACCAGUGAAGAUUGGUAGGGGCAUUGUGAACAGACUUUCGUCAGGGCCAGAGGUUCAGAAACUAUGUGGUUUGGCUUUGGAAUCAUUAGAUUCUUUUCUUUCUAAAGGGGUUGUGCCUCCAUCACCUAAUCCAACAACUCAAGAUGCAAAUUUGAUUGCAACAAAUAUGGUGAGAUUCGAAGAUGUCAGAGAUACAUCCCUGACUGUGAUUUUGGGUUCUGAAGAUCCUUUGGAAGAAAAUAUCAGUGGCUAUUCCCUUUGGCAUCGCAAGGCUCUUGAUGUGGAAUAUCCAGUUGAACCUACUUGUACUUUGGUUCUACCUGACCGAAGUUUCAAUAUAAGGAGUUUAAUUCCAGCUACAAAAUAUAGUUUCAAAGUUGUUUCCUAUAAUGGCACAAGGGAGAUGGGUACGUGUGAGGUACAAAUCUCAACAGAGCCUGGCGAGUAUGAAGUUCCUAACUGUUCAGCAACGGAAAGAAGUCAGAGCCCAGUAACCAACUGUAGCAGCCAUUCCAAUCCUUCAUCAGUGGAAGAUGAAACCAACAACAGCAAUCCAUUUAGUGAUCAGACCGAUGAUCGGGCAGAUAAUUAUCUUGCUUAUAGCAAGGAUGCUGACAAGCUUGCUUCUGAAAAUUUAUCCAAUGAUGUUAUUAAAUGUUCCAACACCGUUGGAGGUGGACUGCCUGCUGAUGCAGAUUCUCUGUCAGAAAAGCAACGUGGCAGAGGCUUGGCUGUAACCAUACCUGGUUCUGAAAUGCUAAAGCUUGAAAACAACCAUUCACCAGAGGGACAAAUCACUGAGGACUUGAGCACUGACGAUGGGUUGAAUUCCCCUGUUCAGAUUGGGAGGGAAUGUGUGCCACUGGUGCGUAGCUCGGAAGCAAGCUUGCCUAUUACUCCUUGCAAGUUGGAAAUACUUAAGGACGGGCCAGGAAGAAGUGGUAGAUCCAAGUCCUCAGGCAAGGAUCAAGAGAAUGGUUCCGGGAAGAGAGAGGGUCCUCAGGAUGGAAGCACAUCUAAGAAGAGAGCUGAACAGAGGCAAGAUGAGGUUUUUGUUGCCAAUGGGUAUUCGGAUCGGGAUUUUGAGUAUUACGUGAAAGUGAUCAGAUGGCUUGAGUGUGAAGGACACAUAGAAAAGAACUUCAGACAGAAAUUUUUGACUUGGUACAGCUUGAGAGCCACGCCACAGGAAGUAAAGAUUGUGAAAGUAUAUAUUGAUACAUUUCUUGAUGAUCCACCUUCUCUUGCUGAGCAGCUUGUGGACACCUUCUCAGAAUGCAUAUCAAACAAGAGACCAUCUGUUGUGCCAGCUGGGUUCUGCAUGAAGCUCUGGCAUUGACCAUAUUUUGUAGGUCCUGCUACUUGCUUGAUGAUUAAGCCCCAACUGGCUUGUGCUGCAGUAAUUCUUUAGAUCAUCAAUAUUUUUCUUUUGAACAGUUGCCUGUAUUUUACCAUGGUCAUUCAUAUGAUGAUGUAAAGAUGAUAUAUUCACUCUUUGAGAACGGUUACAGUUUCAAUUUGUGAAUUAACUAGCAUUUAUAUGAAUGUUGAAAUGUUGGUAGAUGACUUGAAUAAUU